GUCUAUUUGUGAACUUAUUUCUUUUCUUUUUUCUUUUCUCAAAUAAUGCUGCAAUCUUCAUUUAAAUUUAGCAUAGAUUUAUUGUGUUUAAAUAAAGACCUAUCGCAUUAAUUUAAAGUUAUAAACCCGAAAGUAGAUGGAUUAGUGUUUACUUAUAAAUUGAUUAAAUUUCAAGGAAUCAUUACUUCCUGGUUUAUAAAUAUGCGUAUCCAGGUGAAAACAUAAACAAAAUGUGUUUUUAUGGUUUAGAUAUAGGUGUAAAACUAAAAUGGUGCAGUGAUUUAACAUUAAUAUAUAGUAUGUACAAGUUGUUUAAUGUAACUGUGUUGAUUCAGUCAAUAUGUUUAUAAAAAUAUCGUUUUAAGGGUGAACGGUAUUUGGCAGAUGGUUAAUAUGAAAUAAAUUAGCAGAGAACUGGCACACAUGUCAACCAUGUAACUGAGCACCAAGAAUCUGAAGUAUACAGUAAAUUACUUUAUUCUUUCAUAUCAACAAGAAGCAACGAUUGAAAAUGGAGAAAGGGAAACAAUUUGAACAACAUACGAAACAGGGUGCACCGUCAUGCCUAACGAAGGCAUUAAUAGCAGUAGCAAUAGAGUUCAAUAUGGAGACAUCACGACUGGCAUUCUGCACUAGAGACAGUUACAAUAAAGGUCGGCUAAGGAUAAAUGGCAAGACAUGGUCAACAGUUGAUAAUUGCCAAACAAUCUCAGCGCCUAUUACUGUUAUCAUUAAACCGGAUGGCAAAACCUUACAUGGUUAUGGAUACGAAGCGGAAGUUCUAUAUGAUGAACUUAAACUAGAAAACAAACACAAACAGUAUUAUUUCUUCAAAGACAUUUCGUUAAAGUUGAUGAAAUUAUUUAAAGAGACCAAUGACGUUCAUCUGAUAGAUGAAAAUAGAAAAACACUCCCAGCCUUAACAGUAUUCACACUUGUUAUAAAAUUCUUCAAAACUGCAAUUCACAGACUUUGUCAGUUAUGUGAUGAACAGGACAAAUACUACGUUAUUAUCGUACCAGAAAUAUUUCAAGAAAUUGGGGCAAUUGAUUUCAUGAGGAACGCCGCUCUUGAGGCUGGAAUAAAUGUGAAACAGCUAGCUGUGGUAACUGAGAUAGACGCGGUAUCUUUAUUUCACCAGAAAGAAACACAUAACAAGAAAUCUAGCACUGGAAAGAAAUUUAUGAUUGUCAAUGCCGGAAGUUAUUAUACAACCUUUGUUGUACAUGAGUCGACAGAUUUUGGAAUAGUAAAAGAAAGUACAGCUGUUGAAAUAAAAAAAGGGGGAGGAAAAAUGUUAAAGAAAGCAUUCAAGAAGUUUUGUAUUGAGUUAUUUGGAAAGGACGGAUAUAAAACAUUUAAGUCGCAAUCAAAACAAGAAUGGUCGGAGUUUGAAUCUGAUUUCCUGAAGAAAACAUUUUUCUUCGAUCCAUUUACAUCAACUUUUGUCAGGAUGAGUCUCCCAUCAAUUCUUCAUCAAAAAUGUAAAGAUAUGCUCUCUAACAAGUUUUCUUCAAGAAAUAAACCAAAAACAUUUGAGGGCAUUUCGGUUUCAUCAAAUAAAGUAUGUUUUCCCGCUGAAUUGAUGCAGACUACUAUCGAUCCAUCCGUACAACGCGUCAUAUUCUAUAUAAACAGAACCAUGUCGAAUUUAGCUGAUGUUGAUACAGUCAUUGUGUUUGGAGAGUUCGCAAAACUACCAAUGUUGAAAAAUGGUGUCAAAAAGACAUUUUUCAGCAAGAAUGUUGUAUUUUAUGGAGAGGACACCGAAGCGGCUUUGAAAGGAGCAGUUAUAAUUGGUCUUGGGUUUGGUCAGAUUGAAAAGAUUGACAGGGUUCAUGAUUCAGCUGUUGUAGCUGCAAUUGAUUUUGGUACCACUUUCUCUGGUUGGGCUUAUUCUCUUCGUGCAAACUUCGACGCAGAUCGGACAAAGGCAUUUACGAAACUUUGGAAGUCAGGCUCUAUCUAAACAGAAAAGGCCCCCACUUGUAUCCUGAUAGAACCAGAUGGAAAGACAGUCGAAUCAUUUGGAUAUGAAGCUGAAGAUAGAUAUCAAGAUUUAGCUGCCAAUGAAGAGCAUAAGGAUUUCUUUUAUUUUGAGCGUUUUAAGAUGUCGUUGAACAUAAAGCUUGGAGAGGUGUUAAAAUGUUUACUUUUUAAGUUUGCUUUUAAUUGUAAAAAAAUGGAAGAAGUGAUGUCUACACAUCAAUAAAAUAUUCCUCUCCGUUCUUUCCUCAGAAAUAAUCAAGUUAUACCACGUAAAAUAUGUUUAUUAACUCUCUAUGAAAAUUAUAUAAAAAAUAUCUUGUUUGUUAUAUGUACAUUGCAACUAUUUACAGUCAUUUCGAUGAUAUAUAAGAAAAUGUACUUGAAUAAACACUUUCUCUCAAUCUCU